AUGAUGCAAGAGAUUCAAAUAAUCAAAAAAGAUGUUGCUGAAAUUAAAGAAAAUCUCAAUAACGGACCUAACACUAGCAAGCACGGCAGUUUACGCAUUGUGAAUCGAGAAUGUAUUGACGGAAAAAAGAUUUAUAUCGAAACGCUGGAUGACUUGGACAAAAUGGAGAAUGAGUUAGAAGAUAUUGAAUUCUUCCAAAAAGUUGGUACAUUUCUUUGUCAGAUUGGUGGCGAUGAUGUCAAAACCAUUACCCGUAAUGUCUUGUUCCAACUACUUUCCAACGAAAUUGCAACAGGAUUCAGUUGGGCAAGAAUUAGAGGAAAAAAGGGUUUCAAGGAUUUGAAUUUAACAAAACUAGUUAGAGUUGUGGUGCAGAGUCAACGAACAGCUACAUCAGAGACUGAAAUUGACAGUAUUAUUGGAAAAUGGCUAGUUCAAGCCCCAUUAAGAUGCAAGAGAGAAUUUUUCGAUAUGCCGGGUUCGCAUCGCCGAAGUCGCUUGAGAUCUAAGGAUUAUCGACGUCACAAGAAACGCUCCCAUGUCUACAGGAGAGUUCGCGAUAAGUUGCGUUCUCGUUCUCGUUCUCGGGAAGUUAGCCGAUCCUCUUCCGAUGAUCGACCACAACGAGAUUCAUCGAGGCCUUCUUCCAUGCCUCGAGAUUCAAGUCUCCUUGAGCAGAUCUUGGCGGCGAUCCAGACUCAAGGCCAAAAAUUAUUCUUACUCGAGGGCGAGGUUAAGGAAUGUUCGAUGCGCUUUCCUGCUUCUCAGUCACAUGAGGUACCGACGACUCUCGAGAGUCGGGGCUCUGAUCCAGCGUCAGAUCCUAUGCAUCAUGAGGUUACCUUCGCGCUUCCAGACGCUGAACAAAAUGAGGUCCCUUCGCUUGCCCGUCAGCUUUUCCAUACGCAGGAAGAUUCCUUGGAUCGUUUAGCGUGGGACCAAGUUAUCCUUAAUUUUGCCAUUACCACUGCCCGUUCGGGCCUACAGGAGGAUUUACGCUCUCAAUUGAUAGCAAAGUUCGAGGUCAAGGAUGAGCUUUCUGCGUUAGGCCCACCAAAGCUUAACAAGUUACUUCUCCCGGCUCUAAAAGCCUCUUCAACGGUUUUUAAAAGAGACGAAUAUCAAGUCCUGUCCCAAAGCCAGGUUGCAGCCGCUCUUAAUGCUUUGGGCGCUGGUCUUUCUUGUCUCACGAAACCCGACGUAUCUUCAUGUCUGCCAUCGGAAGGAAGCUCGGCACUCGCUCAGAUUGCUAAGGGCAUACAGCUCUUAACAGAUCAUCAAUACAGGUUAUCUCUGGCCAGACGAGCGUUUAUAAAACCGACCCUAAACUUGUUGGGGAAGUCUACAGCGGAUGUAGCGCCUAUAGAUGAAUGGCUUUUUGGCGCCUCGUUCGUCGAUGAAGUCAAGAAUGCGCAGGCUUGUGAGAAGGUCGCUAGAGGCGUUAUCAAAUCUACCCCAACGGUCCCCAAGAUCACCUCCCAGCAACCAGUGAGAAAUCAACCGAUUCGAAGGCAGACGCUCUCGGGAAACGUGAAAGCCCCUGUGCGCCGGCCGAAUCAAUGUACUCGUCAUGGCCUUCGUAUCUCAAAAAUUCAUCGCGUAUUGCAAUUCACGCAAUCUCCAUGGCUUCGAGAUUAUAUCGAACUAAAUACGAAAUUUCGAACAUUAGCCACGAAUGAAUUUGAAAAAAAUUUGUACAAAUUAAUGAAUAACGCGGUAUUUGGCAAAACCAUGGAGAAUGUGCGCAAUCACGUCGAUGUGCGGCUUUUAACGAAAUGGGAAGGUAGAUUUAAUGCUGAGGCGAUGAUCGCGAAACCGAAUUUUCAUAGUCGCAGCGUCUUUUCGGAGAAUCUGGUCGCGGUAGAAAUGCGCAAACUCGAGGUCAAGUUUAACAAACCAAUCUACGUGGGUAUGUGUAUUCUCGACAUAUCCAAGACUUGUCUGUACGAAUUUCAUCACGACUACAUGUUACCUUCUUUUCAAGAAAAAUGUAAAGUAAUGUACACCGAUACUGAUAGUCUAAUUUACCACAUUGAAUGCGAACGAUGUUUAUGA